CCUACCAGAAAUAUUGUGGAUAUCUUGUUGAUUUUGCACAACAUAGCGAACAACUUUGUCAUCAGCCCUCCAUUGUGCCGCUGAGGUUUGUUCGAUAACUGAGAUCGCGGAAAGCUCGGCCUAACGUUGACCCAAUGCCCUUGUGUGGGCCGGUCGGUGCCCGUAUCGUGACACUGCGAUAGCCCGCGGCGACCCUGACCGUGCACUUCCGGUUGGAAUCAGCUGACGGCGCCUCAGGCGGGUCACGUGAUGGACCCGCCCGCGGGCCGCGCGGCCACCACCGCCGCCGACGGCGGUGCGGCAGCGAAGCCAGCCAUCGACAAUGUUCCGGAGAAGCCGGUAGUGGACGUGAAGCCGGCGUCCGGCGCUCCGUUGGCCCGCCACCAGUGGCAGGUGGCACGGGCCAUCUCUGAACAGACCGGAGGUUACCCGUACCGGCCGCUGAGGAACCGGAAGCGCACCUCGGCGCCGGCGGCAGGCACCUCUCACCCGGCCCACCGAGUGGCCAUCCAGUACCGGUGCCGACGCUCCUGGCCCGUGGCUCCAGCCGCCAGACGGAGUUCACCCAGUGGGUCGCCAUGGUCAGCACGCAACAAAUGGAGUCACAGGCACUGCUACACGAAAACGGAGGCCCGGUCAGAGAACCAAGUGACCAUCCCGACUAUCAGUCCGUGA